CUGCCUGAAAACGAUGGAUCCUGCCCACUCCCUUUUGGAAACAGUGAGGAUCAGAUUUUAGACCAUGUACGAAAUAAUAUUUCUAAUCCAAAUGAGGAAGUGCAUUGAGAAUCAGCCCCAAAAGGCUGGAGAGACAGAAGGAGGAAGAGGAGAUGGUAUUACAGAGCUGCCAUCUGAUUGGCUGGACGGUCUUAGCUGGGCUAUAAAUGAGACCCCUACAGGCUUGGGAGGGAGAAGCUCAGAGGAUUCUGACAGUAUCUUUACCGGAGAAAAGGCAAAGUGCGCUCAGAACAGCAGCCACAGCUCUUCCUGCUGCAUUUCUUUCCUAAUGAAUCCCACACUACACAAGAUGUGCAAAGGACUUGCAGGUCUGCCGGCUUCUUGCUUGAGGAGUGCAAAAGAUAUGAAACAUCGGCUCGGUUUCUUGCUGCAGAAGUCUGAUUCCUGUGAACAUAAUUCUUCCCACAGCAAGAGGGACAAAGUGGUGAUUUGUCAGAGGGUGAGCCAAGAGGAAGUCAAAAAGUGGGCUGAAUCACUGGAAAACCUGAUUAGUCAUGAAUGUGGACUGGCCGCUUUCAAAGCUUUCUUGAAGUCUGAAUACAGUGAGGAGAACAUUGACUUCUGGGUCAGCUGUGAAGAGUACAAGAAAAUCAAAUCACCCUCUAAACUAAGUCCCAAGGCCAAAAAGAUCUAUAAUGAAUUCAUCUCAGUCCAGGCAACCAAAGAGGUAAACCUGGACUCUUGCACCAGGGAGGAGACAAGUCGUAACAUGCUGGAGCCUACGAUAACCUGCUUUGAUGAGGCUCAGAAGAAGAUUUUCAACCUGAUGGAAAAGGAUUCAUACCGCCGCUUCCUCAAGUCCCGAUUCUAUCUUGAUUUGGCCAACCUUUCCACCUGUGGGUCAGAGAAGCAGAAAGGAGCCAAGAGUUCUACAGACUGUCCUUCCCUGGUGCCCCAGUGUGCCUAA